AUGGAUUUUUCUGCUGAUUGCAAACCAAAAAAAUAUUGCUGGAGGGAUUUGGAACUCCUAACCAACUCCUUUAGCGAAAAAAACUUUAUUGGAAAGAUAAAUUUCGGGAAAGUCUAUAGGGGGAAAACUCAGCAAGGUCAAGAAGUUACUGUCAAGAUAUGGCUUCACCCUGAUGUUGGAAGAAUUGCCAAACAUUAUGCUAAUUAUGGUCUUACCAGACUGGAGAGUGAAUGCAUUUUUCUGACACAUCCAGAUGUUGUAAAUCACCCCAAUUUGGUAAAAUUGAUUGGAUAUUGCUGUGAAGCUGAAGAUCACCACUUUGGUGUUGUCUAUGAUCUUAUAUCAAAGGAUACUCUUAUCAACCUCACUGACAAAGAUGAUUUAACAUGGAAACAAAGAAUGCAGGUGGCAUCUGCGAUUGCACGUGUGCUUGAGCAUUUGCAUUGUCAGAAUCCCCCUUACCUACUUCACUUUGUUCACCCUGCACUUAUAAUGCUUGAUCAGGAUUUCAAUCCAGUGCUAUUCGACUUUUUUAUGCUAACUGGUGGAGCUCUUGGUGAAAAGCAGCAUCUUCUGAACCAGGACGUCAUGUUAAUCUCAGAUGUUCCCUAUUUAGACAGCAGUUUUUUCAAGACAGGAGAGUGGGGGCCGAGAUCAGAUCAGUUUUCAUUUGCUAUUGUACUUAUUGAACUCAUAUGUAAACAUGCCUUCGGUGGGGAGAAGUGGAAAUAUUAUGAUCAACUACCUGAGUUAUGGGCUUGGUCAAAAUACAAGUAUUCUGGCUUCCAACCAAUUGACUGUCCACUCGUGCAUGAGAGCCUGAAGAGAGAACCUGGAUUUCAUGCUCCUGAUGGAGUAGCAAUUACAAAGUUGAUAUUUCGUUGCGUGGUCUAUCAUAAGAUACGCCCCACGAUGUCACAAAUUGUUCAGUUCAUGGAGGGUUUACAUCUUUUCACUGGGGGUCUUGGUGGAACAGUACUGGAAGGUUUAUUAGAUGAGUGGGAUGCUGAUGAAUCUUCUUCUGUGAAGAAAAAAAGAGGAUGUUUUCAUUUCCCUUGUUUGGUUAGGAAGAAGAAGUAAAG